AUGUCAUCAAUGGUUGUAACCGUUGAUGACAUUGUGGAUCAAUUGUGGAGUGAAAACAAACGACUUCUCAAAGAGUUAUUGUUUGCCAACAAAUGUCUGAAUAUUUUGGAUGAAUUGAAAUCAGAAUUGAAUUUGAUUUACAAGAAGUUUGAGACACAACUGAACACUGAAGACAAGUUCAACCAAUUGAGACAUCAAUUGAAUAAUAUUUGCGAUCAAAGACGAGAUAAAGGAUUGCAUUUAAAUGAUGUCAACUUAGAUGAAAUACAAGACAAAACCAAUACAUAUAUAAAUAUAGAGAACAAUCAACUGAUGGAUAAUGGGAUCCAAUUGAUUGAUAAUAUUAAACUUGAAGAAAAUGAAAAUGUAAUUCAAAUAAAUCAAUUAAAUAAUACUGAAGUUAUAGCAAAUGAGACCAAAGAUGACCACAUAUUAGGAGAACAAUUGAAUGAAAGAGAAGAUAUUUUGAGACUUCAAUCAAACAAUAAGACAAACAGUAUUUUAUUAAUUUAUAAUAAAAAGGAUAAUACUAUUGAAUACAAGUGUCUGGACUGUGACAACAAAUUUCUGACACGAAAUAGUUUAAAGGAUCACAUGUUAAACAGUCAUAAAAAACGAUUGAUAUUUCGAGAAAAUUGUAUUAAUCAACAAAAGGCUGAUUUGCAGACAAAGAAUAACACAAACAAUGAUUUAAUGGCAAAGAAAUGUAAAAAUAAAAAACUAAUAAAAAUUGAAGACAAAAUCAUUAUUAAUAAUAAUAAUAAUCAAAAAGUGAAGGAAAUUCAACCAAUUAAUAGAGUUUGCAAAAAAAUUGUGUCCAAACAUACAGACAAUUUGAUCCGUAAAGAUAGAAAUGAUGAAGAAGUAAGAAAUGAAGAUAAUUUGAAUAAUCAUAAGACAAAUGACGACAAUUUAUUAUUAUUACCGAUAAUAAGUAAUACAAAGGAUCCGAUUGUUGUAUAUAAGUGUAGCAACUGUUCAAUGGUUUUUAAAGGACCUAAACUUUACCAAAAAGUCCUAUUAUUACAACAUAUUAAUCACAAAAAGAUAUGCAAACAAAGAGUAAUACGGUCUAAACCGGGCGGAUAUAAGUGUCUGAAUAGCGAUUGUCAGCAAACAUUGCGAACACUACGGCAGUAUCGUAAACACCAGUCCACUUGUUUGAUCAACUGUUCUCAAUGCGCUAAGAAGUACAGAUGCCAGAGAUCUUAUGUGAAUCACCAAAUGAAAGAUCACGGAUUGGGUGGCGAAUUGCCGUACAAAUGUGAUUACAUCGGCUGUAACUAUCAGACGGCGUCAUUGGGUUUGAUUAGAAAUCAUGAAUCGAUAACUCAUUCGACUGACAGACCGUUUGUCUGCAAUAUCGACGGUUGCCUGAAGUCAUUCAAAACGACAAGUAAUCUACAGUCGCAUCAGGCGAUUCAUUCGGAAAAGAAAUAUGUCUGUAAUGUCGACGGAUGUCACAAACGAUUCACACGUAAGAAAGAAUAUGGCCGUCAUUUGGCCGAACACAUGUCAGAGCCGACACUCAAGUGUCCCGAUAAUAAUUGUCGGCAACUGUUUUAUACGGAUAGAGAGAUUUACAUACAUCGUAGAGAUUAUCAUAAACGUAAAGUUAAAUCUAAUAAUAGAAAAAUAUACAAACAGUGCGAUUGGCCCGACUGUGACUAUUAUGGACUAAGUCUGAAACGACAUCAGAUUAUACAUACGGGUGAGAAAAACUAUAGGUGUGAUUGGCCUGAAUGUGGUAAACGGUUUGCCUGCAAACAAAAACUCAUUGAACACAUGAAUAUUCAUAACAAUGUUAAACCAUUUGCUUGUCGUUGGCCGGGAUGUGAGUACCGGUGCGCUCAUCAUUCAAAUAUUAACAAACAUAUGAAACAAGUUCACCAAAAACAAUGAUUUUAUACUUAACUAUAAAUUAUAUGGACAUUAUUAUACUUAGCAUUAA